GGGCGGAGAAGGGGCCGGCCCUGGAUGCUGUGCAGCUGGUACAGGUCAGGCUCCCUCCCGUCUCAUCCUUUCACAUGGCCGGGUAGGAGGCGGCUGCCAGCAGAAUCCAGCAAGAGCCAGUCCCUCCCUCGCUUGCGCGACGCUCUCCCAGGAGGCUCCAAGCAGCCGCAGCAGCUGGGUGCGGGCCUCACUCAUGCCAGCCACCUUCUGCACCAGCCCGGAGAGGAAGAGCAUGAAUGACGAGUAUACACCUGAUGAAUUGUAAAAGUUUGUGAUUGUAGAGAAGCAUGUCAAAGACCCCUUAACUUUAAAAUCAAGAAAAAAUAUGAAGGAACUGUCUGUCUGAAUUUUUGGGCCACAGCAUCCCACGGAGAAUACAAAAUGGCUUUUUGUAAAAGCACUGCUGCUAGUAUCCUUGAAGAAUGGUGUUUGAAGGAACCACUGUUAGGUUGUAAGAGGCAUCAGAAUGUCAGAAAAAAAUUGAGACUGAUACGAAUAAUAGGGCUUUUUAUGAGUAUAAUGGCCAUUAGCACUUUCUCUCUUUCAAUUAGUGCCUUUUUCAAGGUGGAACCAUAUAGCACUGAGAGAGCCAGCAGUCUAGGGAGCCAAAAGUCAAUACAUGGGAAACAAAGAACUCUAUUGGAUUUCAAGGAGCAGAAUCAAAAUAGCACAAUAGCUUCACCUGUUUCUAUGAAAUAUGAAACUGGGCAUGACAAUGCAACAAAAGAACACUCCAAGGGAGAGUACCCCAAAGACCUUUUUUCUCUUCAGGAAAGAAGAAGGGGCGCAGUCGUUCUCCAUAUCAUUGGAAUGAUUUACAUGUUCAUAGCUUUAGCUAUAGUCUGUGAUGAGUUCUUUGUUCCUUCGUUGACUGUCAUCACUGAAAAGUUGGACAUAUCAGAUGAUGUAGCUGGGGCAACAUUCAUGGCUGCUGGGGGUUCGGCCCCUGAACUCUUCACCUCUUUGAUAGGAGUCUUCAUAGCCCACAGUAAUGUUGGCAUUGGAACAAUAGUAGGCUCUGCAGUAUUCAACAUCCUGUUUGUCAUUGGAAUGUGUGCUAUAUUUUCUCGAGAGAUCUUGAAUCUUACCUGGUGGCCACUCUUUCGGGAUGUGACUUUUUAUAUCAUUGACUUGCUCUUGCUAAUCACAUUUUUUCUGGAUAAUUCAAUCAAGUGGUGGGAAAGCUUAAUACUGCUAUCAGCUUAUUUUUGCUACGUGACUUUCAUGAAAUUCAAUGUUCAAGUGGAAGAAUGGGUGAAAAAAAUGCUAAGCAGGAAUAAAGUUGAGAAGGUAACAGCAGCAGAAUCUGAAGGAAAGAUCCCUUCUACCCAUUGUGAAAGUGCCAGAUAAUAAUUCUAUAUUAUAUAAUUUUAUAAAUCAGCACUAUAUACAAUAUAAAAUAUAUGGAAUUAUAAAGUAUAUUCAGAAGCAACUAUUAGAACUUCUUUUGUUUGUAACACAAAGUCAUCCUUUUCUCUAGAGUAUGUAAUAG